GUGUAUGCGGAAGUGUGAGUCUCGCUACACUGCGUGUGUUUUCUGAUGUGUUUUGUGAUUGAGAACUAACUGAUACGGUUGUGAUGACGGCAUUGUGUCUGGAUAAACUCAGUCGUCUUUAUGAACGCUAUCAGGAGUAUGUCAAGACAAACCCAGCGGCCACGGCUCAACUGGAGGGCGCAGUGCGCACUCUCAGUUACCUGAUCGCAGGUCGAUUCUCAGACUCUCAUGUACUGUCUGAGUUGGUUUACUCAGCAUCAAACCUGCUAGUGCUGCUGAAUGAUGGAAUCUUAAGGAAAAAUCUGUCUCGGACGUUGCCUGGGUCUCUUUCCCAACAGAGGCUGCUAACCUGGUUGUCGGUCCUGGAGUAUGUGGAGGUUUUUACUGAGAUGGCCGCCUCCAAGCUGUGGGGAGAAGCUGGACGUUGGCUUGUCAUUGUUCUCAUUCAGAUUUCUAAAGCAAUCCUGCGCUGUCUCCUGCUUUUCUGGUACAAAUCUGGCAUCCAGACAUCACCACCUAUAACUCCUCUGGACAGGGGUUCACAGCUCUGCAGUGGAGAGAAGAAUACUGAAGAUGAGGAGGACACUGCAUUUGUGGGUCAGCGUUCAGGAAGAGUGAUACGACCUCUGGGAAACACAUCAUCAUUACAGUCUCGACUUUGGGGUCUCCCUCAGAAAAUGUCAAUAAGUAGGAAUCAGGAAGAGGAGCUUCAUCCAAGCCACACCCCUCUGGGUCUGCAGGAAACCAUUGCUGAGUCAAUGUACAUAGCACGACCCCUCGUUCAUCUGUCCAGUCUUGGGCUUUUCGGAAAACAUUCCUGGAAACCGUGGAUCGUCUCUGGUCUCCUAGAGAUAACCAGUUUCAGUUUACUGAGUGACAUGAAGACGAUGAACCGCAGGGAGAGAGCUGAGAUGAGGAGGCGGGCUUUCCUUCUCCUGUACUACCUGCUUCGCUCCCCUUUCUAUGACCGAUACUCUGAGGCGAAGAUCCUGUUACUUCUCCGCUUGCUGGCAGAUUAUGUUCCUGGAGUUGGUUUGGUUGCACGUCCACUGAUGGACUACUUGCCCAUUUGGCAGAAGAUCUACUUUUAUAACUGGGGCUGACGUCAAAGUAAAUCAUUCACAGGUCAUGAUCACAGCCAAACUGUUUGUAAGAUGAGUGAAAGACAUUGGCUGGUUGCUACAAUGACACUGGAGGACUCAAAUCACACACGUGUGCCAGGAGAUUACCAUAUUAAUUAAGGGACAGAUGCAGUGCUGCUGAUGUCUAUAAAUGCCAUUUUUUACUAGCACAACCGUAUAAUGAUUUUCUCUUAGUUUUCACAGUUUUUUUUAUUCAUCUGAGCCGUUUUCUGCCAUAUUUUUGUGCUGAUUUAAUCUGUAAGCAAAUUACUUUUGAGCCCCAGUGCAAACUCUUGUUAUCCCAUUACAUAUCCCUCAGUCAACAUGAAUGCUGUCUUGCUCAUUUAGAUACUUAGUUUCACUGAACAGAAUAAUUGACUGGCUGAGAUGAAGUCAAUUAGACAGCUGUUUACUUCAGUUUUGUUUCUAUUCGUUUCACACAACAGUUGGGAUGAAGUUUAAGCUUUUUAGUAAAUACUGUAAAAAUGAAAAGAUUAAGGAACCAUUUGGAGAACAUUUGGGCACCCUUAUUGGCGCUAACUGCAUCUGAGUAAUCUACUCUCUUAAAAAUAUAUAGGUGCUUGACGAUGUCGUAAAAGAGCCAUGCUUAAUGCUUCUAAAGACCAUUUCAAAAGAUGUAAACAACACUGGUCCAGAAGCACUUCCUGUUUCAGUUUUUUAACACUAGAUAAACGUUGGGAUAAAAUACAACCAACAGAACACAUAGAACUGAGUCAAAAAGUUAAACAUCUUAAAGAUAAUGAUAUAUGUGUGAAAUAAAAAAACAGCCACAAACUGAAACAGGAAGUGCUUCUGGACCAGUGUUGUUUACAUCUUUUGAAAUGGUCUAUAAAGAACAUUUAAUAUUUAAAGAACCUUUCGGUUUCACCAAAGGUUGAAAAACAGUUCUUCAGAAUAUUAAAAGGUAUGAAAGGUAUGACUGAAUGGCGUUUGAGAAACCAAAAAUGGUUCUUUUAUGGCAUCGCUGUGAAGAAACUUUUAAAGGAAACCACCACUGUUUUUUAAUAUUUUACUAUGUUCUUACCUCAACUUAGAAUAAUUAAUACAUACCUAUCU